GCCGGGAAAAAAAAAGGGAUAUUUUUCGUGAACAUAUAUAGAAAGAAAUUAAUACCUAGAAAAAAAAAACAUUGAUCGAUCUUGCAUAAUUAAUUGGGGAUAAAUAAGGGGUUUCGCACUUUAUUAAAGAAUUUGAACCACAAAUCAAAGAUUAUAUUUUACACCCGCACGCAUACAGGUGUUUCCAAACUCCAAGAGAACCGUUAAGUAACCCCCUCAUACUCUUAUCUAUAUCUCCUUCCUGAUCGAUCCUCUCAUCUUUUCCCCAUGGCCAUGAGCUCAAAGCUAUUCUUAACAGCAACUAUCAUAGCUCUUACCUCUUCCUUAAUUGCAAUUAAUCAUGAGUUCUUGUAUGAUCAGCCAUCUGUUGUAGAAAAGAAUUCUAGUGGUAGGGAAUGGGAAGCUCUUCAACUUGAGGGUGCAAUCGGGCCUGAAAGUUUUGCAUUCGACCCGCUUGCCGGGGGUCCCUACGCCGGAAUAUCUGACGGUCGAGUCGUCAAGUGGGAAGAACGUGAAAGGCGCUGGAUCAAUUUUUCCUUCGCUUCUCAAGAGAGAGACGGCUGUGGAGGGCCACAAGAUCACCAACAGACGGAGCACAUUUGCGGGCGUCCAUUGGGUUUAUGCUUCGACGAAACACACGGUGAUCUAUACAUUGCUGAUGCUUACAUGGGAUUACUUAGAGUGGGGGCACAAGGUGGCUUGGCCACCAAGAUCGUGACACAUGCACAAGGAAUUCCCUUGAGUUUCACUAAUGGUUUGGACAUAGACCAAUCCAAUGGUGCCAUUUAUUUUACCGAUAGUAGCUCACAGUAUCAAAGAAGGCAUUAUCUCUCAGUGGUAUUGAGUGGGGAUAAAUCAGGAAGACUAAUGAAAUAUGAUCCAGUAAACAAACAAGUGAGCGUUCUUCUCAGCAACCUCACGUUUCCAAAUGGAGUAGCUCUUAGCAAAGAUGGCACCUUCAUUUUAUUAGCGGAGACCACCAGAUGUAGAAUUUUAAGGUAUUGGAUAAAAACGUCGAAAGCUGGAACUGUCGAAGUCUUUGCUCAACUACAGGGUUUCCCGGAUAACAUAAAAAGGAGCCCUAGAGGAGGAUACUGGGUUGGUUUAAAUUCAAGGAGAGAGAAGCUGUCUGAGUUGUUAUUUUCAUAUCCAUGGAUAGGGAAUGUUCUGCUUAAGCUUCCACUCGACAUAUCGAUGCUCGAAUCAACUCUGUCCAAGUAUAGAGGGAGUGGCUUGGCAGUGAGGUUGAGUGAGAAUGGUGACAUACUGGAAGUGUUCGAAGACGAGGACGGAAAUAGGUUGCAGUCUGUAAGUGAGGUCAUGGAGAAAGAUGAGAUAUUGUGGAUAGGGUCAAUAGCUUUACCUUUCGCUGGAAGGUAUAGGAUAUGAACACGCAACUAUAUAUUAGUGUGGAUAUUUUUCAUGAAACAAUUAAGAAUUACAUGCAAAGUUUUUUUCUUCUUCUUAUAUUUAGGCAAUAUAAGUAUGUACGUAUAUGGUUUUUCAUCAUCAUUCGCACAUAUAUAUGAGAAGAAAUUAAGGCCGA